GAGAGGAGAGAAUAAGGAAGUGGCUUUGAAGUAAAGAUGUGCGGCGAGAGCGGAAAAAACACCAUCAGGACAUGGGUAGUGAUAAAGUAUAGCAGCUGAAUUCUCAAUUUUCUUCAUCUUUCUUCUUAGCAAAAUUAUUUUUUAAAAACGUUAUAUUCAUCAUUAUUUUUUGUUAGCAAAAAUAAAUAAAUAAAUAAUUGAAUUUUAAUACCUUAUUAUAACAUAAUCGAUCCAAAAACCUAUGUUCGCAUCUCAUUAAAUAAAACUAGUGUUGGCUGACGUGGCAGAAGAAUAACUGAAAGUUCACAUGGCAACACUUUCACUGUGAAAUGAAAUUUAAGAUUUCAGAGACACCGAAUUUUUUAUUCGCAUAAGCACUUUUCCACCGCGAUUUCCAAUUCCCACUUUCUCUCUUCCUCAAUGCCCUCACUUUCCAUUUCCCUUCUUCUCACCCUCUUCUUCACCCUCUCGCUUAUAACCACUUCUUUCUCCGAAAGUAGGAAAGAAUUAAGGAACAAACAUGAAAGUGUGUUACGGCGGUUAGAUCAUUCUGUUUAUUAUUCCAACAGAAUUGAUCCUUCAAAUGUUGUCCAAAUCUCUUGGCAACCAAGGGUCUUUCUAUACAAAGGAUUUUUGUCAGAUAAGGAGUGUGACUACCUCAUUGCUUUGGCACGUGAUGUAAGAGAAAAAUCAUCAGGAAAUGGUGGCCAUUCAGAGGAAGAUGACACUUCAUUGGAUAUGAAUGAUGAUAUUGUCAAGAGGAUUGAAGAAAGACUUUCAGUUUGGACAUUCCUUCCUAAAGAGAACAGCAAACCUUUAGACAUAAUGCAUUAUGGGCUUGAAAAGGAUAGACAGAACAUAGAUUAUUUCACAAACAAAACCAAACUGGAUUCAAAUGGACCUUUGAUGGCAACAAUUGUUCUAUAUCUCUCAAAUUCUACUCAAGGGGGUCAAGUUUUGUUUCCUGAAUCAGUGCCUAAGAGUAGCAGUUGGUCAAAUUGCGGAAAUACUAGCGAUAUUCUCCAACCGGUAAAAGGGAAUGCAAUUCUGUUUUUCUCUCUUAACCUAAAUGCAUCUCCUGACAAGACUAGCUUCCAUGCUAGAUGCCCUGUUCUUAAAGGGGAUAUGUGGUCUGCAAUAAAAUUCUUCUAUGCAAGACCUAUCAGUGGAGGGAAAGUCUCAGCCACACCAGAUGUUGAGGAAUGUACUGAUGAGGAUGAUAAUUGUUCAGCUUGGGCUGCAUUGGGAGAAUGUCAACGAAAUCCAGUCUACAUGAUUGGAUCUCCUGAUUAUUAUGGUACAUGUAGGAAAAGUUGUAAUGUGUGUUGAUCAGAAGCUAUGUAGCACCGACACGUGUUCGUGUCUGACACUGACAUGACACCGACACCUUGAUUAAAUUAAAUUCAUUCAUUUUCUCAAGUUAUACCUAGUGUCGACGUGUCAGUGUUGUGUCUGUGUCAGUAUUCGUACUUCUUAGAUCAGAAGUUGAUUUUCCUAAAAAAUUAUGCUAUGUUUGUUUUUCGAAUUGAUUAGAGAAUUGAAAGAUUUAGCAGAGUGAAUUAAAUAUUAUUCUUAGGAUGCUCUUUAGCAUCUAUGAUUUAAUGGAGUUGUGCAUUUCUCAGAA